CGCACUGAAGGGCCGCGGGGCGGGGCUCGCGUUCACCCUGGUAACAGCACCGCUGCGGGGCCGCGCCCUGCCCGAGCCGUCCCCGCCGCCAUGCAGGGCGAGGACGCCCGGUACCUCAAGAGGAAGGUAAAAGGAGGCAACAUAGAUGUGCAUCCAUCGGAGAAAGCCCUGAUUGUUCACUAUGAAGUGGAAGCAACGAUUCUGGGGGAGACAGGAGACCCUAUGCUGGGGGAGCGCAAAGAGUGUCAGAAAAUCAUUCGGCUAAAGAGUCUCAAUGCAAAUACAGACAUUGCUUCCCUGGCUCGAAAGGUGGUUGAAGAAUGCAAGCUCAUUCACCCCUCCAAACUUGCAGAAGUGGAACAGCUGUUGUACUAUCUACAGAAUCGCAGAGAUGCGUCAGCAGGAAAAGAAAAGAAAGAGAAAUCCAGUAAGCCAAAAGAUCCACCACCAUUUGAAGGCAUGGAGAUUGAUGAAGUUGCCAAUAUCAAUGACAUGGAUGAGUACAUUGAAUUACUGUAUGAGGACAUUCCUGACAAGGUGCGUGGCUCUGCCCUCAUCUUGCAGCUGGCUCGGAAUCCCGAUAACCUGGAAGAACUGCUUAUUAAUGAAACGGCCCUGGGUGCAUUGGCUAGAGUGCUGCGAGAAGACUGGAAACAAAGUGUGGAACUUGCUACCAAUAUAAUAUAUAUUUUCUUUUGCUUCUCAAGUUUUUCUCAAUUUCAUGGCAUAAUCACACACUACAAAAUUGGAGCUCUGUGUAUGAACAUCAUAGACCAUGAGCUGAAGAGACAUGAGCUUUGGCAGGAAGAACUUGCUAAAAAGAAGAAAGCUGUUGAUGAAGAUCCUGAAAAUCAAACCUUGAAGAAGGACUAUGAGAAAACCUACAAGAAAUAUCAGGGUCUAGUUGUCAAGCAGGAGCAGCUACUCAGAGUUGCACUUUACCUGCUCCUGAAUCUUGCGGAGGAUACUCGCACUGAGCUGAAGAUGAGAAACAAGAACAUUGUCCACAUGUUAGUGAAAGCUCUGGAUCGUGAUAAUUUUGAGCUGCUUAUCCUGGUUGUAUCUUUCUUGAAGAAACUCAGCAUUUUCAUGGAGAACAAAAAUGAUAUGGUAGAAAUGGAUAUUGUUGAAAAGCUUGUGAAAAUGGUACCUUGUGAACAUGAAGACCUACUGAACAUCACCCUCCGACUCUUACUGAAUCUCUCCUUUGACACGAGCCUGAGAAAUAAAAUGGUGCAAGUUGGUCUGCUUCCCAAACUCACUGCACUCCUAGCAAAUGAAAACUACAAGCAAGUAGCUAUGUGUAUUCUAUAUCACAUAAGCAUGGAUGAUCGUUUCAAGUCGAUGUUUGCGUAUACGGACUGUAUCCCACAGCUGAUGAAAAUGCUCUUUGAGUGUCCUGAUGAGAGAGUUGACCUGGAGCUUAUUUCUUUCUGUAUUAACCUUGCUGCUAACAAAAGAAACGUGCAACUUAUCUGUGAAGGAAAUGGUUUGAAAAUGCUCAUGAAGAGAGCGUUGAAAUUUAAGGACCCAUUGUUAAUGAAGAUGAUCAGGAAUAUUUCACAACACGAUGGGCCUACUAAAAACCUGUUUAUUGAUUAUGUUGGUGAUUUGGCAGCUCAAAUAUCAAAUGAUGAAGAGGAAGAAUUUGUGAUUGAAUGCUUGGGAACACUUGCAAACUUGACCCUACCAGAUCUGGAUUGGGAGCUUGUGCUGAAAGAGUACAAACUUGUUCCAUACCUCAAGGAUAAACUGAAACCAGGUCUGUACAAAGGUUCUGCAGAAGAUGACCUUGUUUUAGAAGUGGUGAUAAUGAUUGGAACUGUUUCUAUGGACGACUCUUGUGCUGCUCUGCUAGCCAAAUCUGGAAUCAUUCCUGCCCUCAUUGAGCUUUUAAAUGCUCAGCAGGAAGAUGAUGAGUUUGUCUGCCAGAUCAUUUAUGUUUUCUAUCAGAUGGUCUUCCACCAAGCCACCAGAGAUGUCAUUAUCAAGGAAACUCAGGCUCCAGCAUAUCUUAUAGACCUGAUGCAUGAUAAAAAUGCUGAGAUACGCAAAGUUUGUGACAACACUCUGGACAUUAUAGCGGAAUAUGAUGAGGAAUGGGCAAAAAAAAUCCAGAGUGAGAAAUUUCGAUGGCACAACUCUCAGUGGCUGGAGAUGGUGGAGAGUCGGCAGAUGGAUGACAGUGAGCAGUAUCUGUAUGGGGAUGAUCCUAUUGAGCCCUACAUCCACGAAGGAGAUAUUCUGGAAAGACCUGAUCUCUACUACAACGCAGAUGGCCUCAUAGCACCCGAUGGAGCGGUGAGUCCAGACUUCUUCAGUGACUAUCAUCUUCAAAAUGGAGACCUCGUUGGGCAGCAUCCCUUCUCUAGCAGAUGCAGCUCUGUAUGGCUUGACACGAUGAUGCAUGCAGAGUUGGUUGGUGCAGCCUUUAUGAUCUGCUUGUGUGCAAGAGAUUUCUUUGUAUUCAUCAAAACAGCAUCUGCUCAGGAGUUAUAAAUGCAUGGAGUGAAGAUCUUGCAUCUAAAAGAUAGUGGUAAGGAUCGGCUGCCCUGUAGGGGUUUUGAUUACUGUAGCACAAAGGAAUGGCUCCAGCACCACCUUGAUUUGGGAAUAGCCAAAUAAAGCCAAUGUUCUUCUUAAAUGGUAUUUAUUAUACAGCACUUUUCUUGAUGUGCUUGGUUGCUUUUUUAUUAUUCCUGUGUUCUCAGUCUGUACCAGGAGAAGCUUCCCAGCACGCAGCUGAUGUCCGCAGCGCAGCAAACCACCCUGGCCACCAAGAGCCCAAGGUGUGCAGGGGCCCAAAGGCAAGGAGAGGUUUCUCAUCCAAAGUCAGGUGCCGGAGCCUCCAGCAGAGCAGAGCUCUCCUUACUGCUCACUGCUCUGUGACCAGACCACACCACUGCUCCGAGGUGUGUGGUCUGUAAUCAUGAAGGAUCGUGUUGCACUCAUUUAAUUUACUGUAAGGGCUAUUUAAUUGUUCUGAACAAUUGCCCUAGUAUGCUAAUAGGUGAAAUAGCUUGCUUAGGAAUAUUUUAAAGGUGUGACUUCUUUUUUUUUUUUUCCCUUCAGCAUGGUGCAGAUGUCGUUUGGGAAGAGUUAGCAUUGAGGUUUUAAUGCACUCCAGCUCCUUUAGAAUAUCAGAUGCUGGGGCCUCUUUCACUCGCAGUCGUCUCUUACAUUUUUUUUAGUUGCUUUGUAUUUUAUUAUAUUCCACCUGCAGUUAGCCUCAUUUAACCAGCACGGUUUAGGUGGCUAUUAAGAAUGUUAAAAGAAUGCCAAAAUGCAGCAGCAGUUAGCUCAACUGCUUUGGAAUGUCUUACCAAAAAAUCCCCCAAACCUGAGUCUGUCUCUUCAGAAAUGUAACAUUAAUUAAUUCCCACGUUCUGUCUGCCACUCUAGUCCCUCCAGAUGUGCUGCUAGGAAUAGACUGGCUCCCUGCUUACAAGCCAUCUGGGCUCUGUAAACUGAUUUGCACUUAUAUUAAACAAUAAGUGAACAGAAUGCGGAAGAGUUAUUAAAGCAAAUGUACAUUGCUUAUAAAUCUCAAAGUAAAAUAUUAAAACGUAGUAAAUGGGAAUGGAAUGUGCAAAUGAAGACCUGCCUGUUUUUAAUGAGUUUAGCUGUGACCUUCUCGAUUUCAACCAAAAGAGAAGAAUUUUAUUUUUCUCUUUUAAAAUAAAAAAAAAAAAAAGAAAGAAAAGAAAAAGAAACUAUAAAACUGCUUACAGAAGUAUCUGAGACAAAAACAAGGAAAUAUAAUGUUCUAAACUUGACUGGUCCAAACCACUCAAGCUGCUGUGACAGCUCAUAAAACUGAGAGUAGUUUUUAACUGGACUCUGUUUUACAUUGCCAGAGUGAAUUUUCCUUGCAGGAAGUAGCCAGAAGGUUUAUUUAGUUUCCAGACUGCUGCUUUGAUCUUUCCAUUCUGUCACUUCUCAGGUUACAUAGCCCUUUUUCACUGCAGUAAAUCUGCAACAGUUAAUGAGAAUAAAAUUUCCUCCUUCUCACUGAUCGCAUGCUGUUAAAUGCCAAACCACAGCCAGCAGCAUAUUUGCAGAAUUCAGCUGCACUGUACAAAAACAGCACAAUCAGUUUAAUCUUGUUGUUUUUGUAAUUCGUUUUAUUGAGCUUUCCUUUUUCAAGUGACCUAUUUUAUCAAGACAAGCGGUUGCGAGGCCAGACCUGGAAGAAAGAUUUAAAACUGUAAUAAAGUGAAGGGUGUUUUGUGUGCUGUGCAUAAGCGUGCUCACAGGAUUCAAAAUGAAACCUGCAAUGAGGCUGUUUUAUGUCCCAUAUAUCAGUGGGAUAUUUCUAAUGGUUGUUGUCUGAACCGAAUGUGUGCUGCAAACAAGUCCCUGGUAUACAAAUUAAUGUAACAUAUCCAUUUCUUUUGCCAAACUGCUGGAAUUCUGUUGAUUGUAAAUCUCUUUAUUAGCCUCAGCCCUGUGUGUAUGGUGACAGACCCAUCCUUCCCCUCUCUUUCCUCCAGAGAACUGGAAGACUUCUUUAAACUGUGAAGUUAAAACAGAAGUUUUGAAGCCUUUAUUUGCCUUCUGGCUUUUAAGUCCUUUAAGCUUUGUCCCUGUUUUUUCCAAGGCACCCUACCCAACUUUUAGUAUGGAUACGUUUUAUUUUCAUUCUGCUCAAAGUUAAAAAUUUGUGCAUAAUAAUACUACUCCAAGAUAGAGAUCUCUAAGAAAAUAUGCAACAUCUGUGCCUAUCUGGCUCAUUCCCUCACAGCCAAUGCUAGGGGGAGAAAAAAGUGCUAAGAGACAUUGAGAUUGACUUCCUUUUUGAUUUACACUGAAAUGAUGGCUGAUUAGGGAUGAAUUUUGACAAGGCUUCAGUGGAGUCCUGUGCUGAUAAACAGAACUGGUUCAAAUCUCCAUAACCAUCCUUGGUGGCAAAAACAUUUCAUGUUUGUGUAUUGGUAAUAAUGCUCCCCUUGCGUUGUGUGCUCUAGUGAACACUGCAAAUCCCGAGUAACGUUAACCUGCAGAAGAGACUUUGAAAGCUUUUAUUGGCCACAGCUGUAAAUCAAAGCAAAGCAGAUUUUUUUUUCCUCUCUCUCCUUCGCUCCAGCAUCUGGAUUAUCCUCCCUGCUGAGCUGCCUGGCUCUUGGUGCUGAGCCCUGCAGGCAGCACGCCUAUCAGCCAGCAACCUGUUGUCGUGGCUUGGGGUGUUUGUGCACAAGAGGGAAUGCUUUUUCCCAUUUGUGAAGAGCAGAGCUAAGUGGCAGUGCCUGGGUUUGAGGAGCUUGUGUAGAUAAAAGGAAUAAUUGUUUGGCUAGGACUGCUUCAGUUCAGGGCACAGAGAACUUGUAUUUCCACUCCAACAGCUUAUCUGGGAGCGCAUUUGCUUGCUCUAUUACACAGCACAGGAAGCAGAAACACCUCUCAUCUGGAAAGUGGAAGGCUGCUCAGAAGCAUGUGGAAGAUGCGGACCAAUCCUAAGCUGAUGUGGUCAGUGAGAAGUCACCUCUGUGAAGCUGCCACUUCAGGAUCUCAUUCUGGUCAGGCUGUUGGCUGAAACUUCUGUACCCAACUGACAUCACUGAAGCUCAGUAAAAGAGGCCCAAAACUGUCUCAAGCCAGAUGUAUUACUAGGUUAAGGUUAAGGCAAUGUAAUCUUCAGUUUAUGGAGCUGACACACGUACUUUGGCCUGCCCAAGGAGAGCGGGGGAGGAAAAGACAGAAAAGAUAUCUUCCUUGACUUUUAUUGCCUACUUCUCAGGGCUUUUUUAUUUGUUUUAGUUUUUAAUUAAUUUUUUUAGAAAUGGCUAUAUCUAAUCAGUGGGUUUGGCCAGAUGUUGAGCCAACAGCACAGGAGAUGUUUCGGUCAGGCUUACAAUGGAAAGACAGAACUCUUGCUUCCCAUUCCAGCUCUGACUGCACACUUGAAAGCUGAGAAACUCCCUGCCAUGUGGUGGAGCUGUAAGGCUGGGUGAGGGAGUGUUAGCAGAGUUACUCUGAUGCCUGAUGGCUGUGUGAAACAGCUGAGUGGGCUGUAAUCUGGAUUGGUUGCUUUUCUACCAUUUCUUGCCAUUCAGUUGGAAAUUUAUUUGUUAAUCUAGCUUUUAAAUGCUGCCUUCCCACCUGUGAAUUUUAGCAUGCUUGUUGCUUGAUGCAUAGCUGGAGCCUGACACAGAAGACACAGUGCUCACUUAUCUGCAAUUGUCAGAUUUGCAUUUGUUUAUAAUUACAUGGAAGAAGCAGUGGCAUUGUGCUGAGAUACAACUGGGCACCAAGUCCAGAAACAACUGGAAACUUUAAGUCAUCAACUGCAGUGAAGAAAACUGGAUCACAGGGAAGGAGAGCCAUGAUCACAUCCAUAGAAGCUGUAUCAUUGUGUACAAGGGAGCUAAAUUAGCACUACGCAGGUUCAUUUUUGACAUUUCUUAUCUUUUGAGCAGAUGCAGUGUUAUUAUUAAACGAAGAUUAGUAUUGGAAUGCUAAUGUGGAGGCAGAUCUAGUGUGUGUAGGCAGAGUCUCUGCCACAGAGCUCUCCCACUUGAGCUUGAGGGAUAGAAAGUAUGGAAAAAAAGCUUCACAGAUAGGGGAGAAAGUGGGGCCAUGAGAGACAGAAUUUAAGAGACUUGUGGUUUAUAGUUUAACGUCAUUACCAGUAGUGGGAGAAUCUACAGUUACAGAACAUUAGGUUUUUCUGUGUGUUUUUAAGGCUUUUCAGUUGUAUGCUGUUUCUCUAUAACUGAUGGUUUAUGUUCUUAUUCUGAAGGACAGAAAAUUUAUGGCCAGUGAAGCAAAACCAAAGUAGUAGCUGGCACAAAGAAGUAAAUCAUCUUCUCAGAGAGUCAUCUUCUCAAUCACUGCACUCUGAGCAGAGGGAACAUCUACUGUUUCAUGGUGUGUUUUUUUUUUUUAGUUGGUAGCAAAUAUCAACAGAAAGAGAGGAAAAUCCACAAAGUUUGCAGUUCUUAUUGGUGAGUAUUCCAGUCUCUAAGCAGCAUCUCAGUUAGGCAGGUUAUAAUGCUGUGCUUGUCUUAAAUCUGGACUGGUGCUCCAUUUCCAUGGCUUUGGUACCUGCCGAGGGGAAAAAUACAGCCUUUAUUGGUUUGAAUGUAGCUUACUCUGUUAUACACAGGAACUUGAUACGGCAUUAGAGAUGAUGGGUUUAUGGCAUGGAAGUUUAUAUGGAAAUGUAGGAUGGUAACUGUACCAUAUGUUAUCAACAGUGCUGUCAAACACUGGUAGGUUCACAAAAAUGAGACAUUAGGACUCUGGGGAUGCUCUGCACCAAACUGAAUGUCUGUCUGGGGGACACAUGGGGGCUGUUUUGACAGUUACAACUGUUUUUUAAAGACAGUAAGGUAUGGGUGUCCAACCUUCUGCCUUGCCUUGGGUCAUGCUGAGUGAAGAGCAGUUGUUUUGGGCAGCAUAUAUAUGUAGGUCACUCCAAAAGUAAUGCCUCCUACUUACUUUUAUGGAAACAACAACAGAUACAAAGAG